GCUGGUCAGUCGCCGGCGUGCACACGAGCCGUUAGUUAAGCUGAGCCUGCUGGGAACCCCCAGUCCCCACUAGGCGUGCGUCGUCUUCUCAUCGGCGCACGCGCUCUCGUACACUUCGUGUUCCACACCAUGACCUCGCUUGUCCGCUGGAUCUUCGGCUUGGACCAGGUGCCCCAGAUCUACUUCGGGCCCACCGCCGCGACAGUCGCUUUGCGCAAAUCGACACGGCCAGACGACACAGAGCAGGUCAGCUUGAGGGAACUGGUUGAGCGACGUUGUCCAAGUCUGCAUGAUGCCUUCCGCCCUGCAUGGUGGCUGCCCAAUGGCCAUUUGCAGACUGUGUACUGCACAAUUGGUGAUUUCUCUCAGGUGGACAAGGUCGAUUAUGAACGAACAUUGCUACGGACUAUAGACGGGGGUACAAUAGGCUUGGACUUCGCUCCAAAUGGGUCACAACCACAUAUCAAGGAGAACACGCCCGUAAUUGUUGUAUUACAUGGCCUGACCGGAGGCUCGCACGAGUCCUACGUGCGCGCAAUAUUAGCCCCCGCUUGCGCGCCUCCGGAGCAAGGCGGUCUGGGCUAUCGCGCCGUCGUGGUAAAUUAUCGAGGCUGUGCAGGCGUUCCCCUCACCACCCCACAACUAUACUCGGCAGGCCAUACUGACGACAUCCGGACCGCCCUGCUUUAUAUCGCGUCGAUAUACCCAGAAGCGCCAUUAUUAGGCAUAGGGUUCUCCCUGGGUGCGAACGUCCUCACACGCUACCUCGCGCAAGAGGGCGACCAGAGCAGACUUAUGGCGGCGUGUAUGAUUGGAUGUCCGUGGGACCUGCUAGCGAACAGUAAUAGGCUGGGUGCGACCUGGUUGGGGCGCGAGUUGUACUCGAAGGCACUGGGCACCAACCUCAAGAACCUACUUCGAAAACACCUCGCCACAUUCGAGGCCCACCCCGAAGCGGAGGUGUCGAAGCGCAUCCCAGACUUGCUGCAACAGUCCCGUCCCAGGCUCUAUACGUUUGAUGAUACCAUCACCUGCAUCGCCGGAGGAUCGUCCCCGCCGUUCCCAUUCCGCUCUGCCAAUGAUUACUACAUCUGGGCGUCCAGCCACCAUGUACUGAGCGAGGUACAGGUGCCGUGCUUAGUGUUGAACACGGGCGACGAUCCGCUCAUCUCUGUUCUGCCCGUGGAUGAGGGGCCGGAGCAAUUGAACCCCUGGAUCGUAUUUGGGGUCACGAAGGGUGGCGGACACCUUGGUUGGUUCGAGGAAGGGUCAAGACCAGCGCAGCCGCGGAGGUGGAUCCGUAGACCCGUACUCGAAUGGCUGAAAACCAUGGGUGAGGAUGUCGUCCUACCUGAACGACACCCUAGACCCUUGCAAAAGAAAGACGGCUGGAUCAUGCAGGUAGGAAGGGACGAUAUAGGAUGCCGCGUAGACUCGAAAGGCGGAAAGAUCAUCGGAGCGGAAGGCGAAGAAGGCCUCCUGGCCGGACUGUAACGCUAAUCGGUCGAAGCAACAAAUUUCUAGAAUACACCGUAUCUUCACUCAAUCUGUCAUAUUCACGAUCGUAGAAAUACAGUGCCGUGCUACAAGG